GUGGGAGCCCUAAAACAGGGUCUUAGGGUUUGAUGCGUUCGAGCUGUGGGCGAUGGCGCGACGCGGCUGCUCCUGCGGCGUGUGUGAGGCCGCGAAUCAGCCGGCGGUGUGCGUCUCUUGCGUCAAUCUCCGGCUCGCCGAGAAAUAUAAGAUUGUGAGGAGAUUGACCCACGAACGCGAUGCUCUUCGCAAUCGCAUGGAUGCGGAGCUGAGAGCCAAGAGAGAGGCCGAUGCUCAGCGGCAUCUGAGCAUCGAACGCUUGGAAUUAAAAACUAAGCUGCAGAGUUCCAGUCACAAGAAUGAGAAACUCUUAGUCCAGAGCAAGCUGAAAGCUGAGAAAAGAAAAAGUGAAUACGAAGCACGCAGGAAAUAUUUGGACACUGUUUCUAGCCAGUUGAACAGAAUACAACAGGAGCUGUUUGAAGUCUUCUAUCCUGAUCUUAUGCGUGCACAUAUUGCGAAGCUGACAGCUCUGUUGACAGAAGUGAAUCUAGCUCGAAGGCAUGUGUUCCGGCACCUGACGAAAGUUUUCCCUCUGCAUUACUUGCAAGGGGAUUCAGACAAGCCUCGGGGAUCAAAGGAGAGGCAACUUCUUCGUGUCUGUGGAGCAUGUUUGCCAGUCAGAGACGAUCCUCAUUCUGUGAGCACAGAAGAUCUUUCUGCCUCUCUGGGGUAUAUGGUGCAGCUUGUCUACCAAACAGGACGUUACUUGAUGACUCCAAUGCUCCAUAACGCUGCAUUUGCGGCCUCUUCGUCUAGAAUCUGGGAACGAACAUCAUACUGGGACGCUUCUCCGGUUUCCCGCAGUGAGGAGUAUCCAUUGUUUCUCCCACGAAAGGGAGAGCGGGUAAAGCUAUCUUCAGAUGGAAAGGCGGACAAGUCCGGGAAGUCAGACAGUCAUGCCAGUAGCAGUGGAUCGAGCUUUCUGUCACUCGAAAAACCGAGAUUUCUCAAGCUUGGCAGCAGCGAGUCUACUCAAAGCGACAGCGAUCGAGACGUGAGGCAAGCUGUCAAGCUCUUGAAGCGGAGCGUUUCGUGCAUCUGUGUCUACGGCUACGCAAUGCUAGGAGUGCCAAUGCCAUCCACCCUGCCCACAUUUGAGACCUUUAUGGAGCUCCUCGCUUUGCUCUCGUCGAAGGAAUCCAAAACAAGACCGAGCAACACGAGGCCAGCGCUGAUGAACAGCAACACCAGAGCCGACGGCUCGCUUCUCCAGAGCUACUUCUCUUCUCACGAGCUCAAACUCCAGGCAUUGCGGAACCAAAGCCGGAUGGAAAUGAGCGACUUCUUUUGCAUCGGCGGAGAAGCGAGAAAAUUCUCUGACAGUGGAGGGGACGAGUGGGACGUGGUCGAGACUCCGUUGUUGCCACCGCCAUCGCAGGCCGAGGACAUCGAGCAGUGGACGAGAGCUAUGAUCACGGACGCAACCAAGUGAAAGCCAAAAAAAAAUUUGAGGCUUGGCACCAGUGUAACAUAUCAUGUAAAGACAUAUUGCUUGAAUUUUACAUGGUUUUUGUAAUUUAAACAUGAAACUCCGUACGAACAA